AUGAGCGUCCUGCUGCCCAAUAUGGCGGACUUCGACACGAUCUACGAGCUGGAGGAGGAGGACGAGGAGGAGCAGGAUGAGCCCGAGCCCGUGGUGCGGAGCCAGGAGCUGCCCCGGCCCCGCGACGCGCCCGAUCCCGUAGCGGUACGGGGCGCCGGGCACAUCACCGUGUUUGGCUUGAGCAACAAGUUUGAUACAGAAUUUCCUUCUGUUCUGACAGGGAAGGUGGCCCCUGAGGAAUUCAAGACCAGCAUCAGCCGAGUGAACGCCUGCCUGAGGAAGAACCUCCCUGUCAAUGUGAAGUGGCUGCUCUGUGGCUGCCUGUGCUGCUGCUGCACCCUGGGCUGCAGCCUCUGGCCUGUGGUCUGUCUUAACAAAAGAACUAGAAGAUCAAUUCAGAAGUUAUUAGAAUGGGAAAAUAACAGACUAUAUCAUAAGCUUGGUUUGCACUGGAAGCUGAGUAAAAGGAAAUGUGAAACUAGCAAUAUGAUGGAAUAUGUAAUAUUAAUAGAGUUCUUACCAAAAUACCCCAUAUUUCGACCUGACUGAGGAACAACAUUGGUCUUUCAUGUUACCUGUCAUUUUCUACCCUUAGUGCCUUGUAGAUGAUUUUGGAAAGAAGAUGGUCUACUUUGCUGUGACUUAAAAAUGUUCUUCAGUAGAAAUCUUCCUUGCUGUUACUUUCUUUUGUUAAGAAGAGAACAAUUUGCACAUUUUUUUAUGUUAAACGAGGCUUCUAUGUUGCACUCUGAAUUUUUAACAUUACCAAUAACUGAUAGAGUUGCCACUAGGGAUCUUAACAUCAGUGCUGCUUAAACUUGUUCUGAGCAUGCUGCCUUAUUAAUUUCUCUCUUUGCUGUCCUCCAAUGUGCAUCCUAAAGCUGUGUCAUCCUAUAUUUCAUCCUAAGUGUUGCAAUCCUAGAAACCCUCAGUAGGAAUGUCCAGGUAAACUCCAGUAGUAAUGAUUUUAGUAGAACCUGCUUGCAUAGGACUUGCAAUCAACAGCACUGGUUUUGUCCUGCACUUUGCAAAAUCAUCAUUUACAUUUAGGGGGUUCUUUAGUUUACCCACUAUGGAUUUGUAAAUAUUGACUCUUUGCAUAAUGUAAAGUGUGGUAUGCCAAGGUUUACAGAAUGUAUUAUAGCUCUUAUUCUAUUGCCAACAUCCCCAGCAUCUGUUCCAUGUGCUCGUUCCCCUGGGAUUGUACAGCCCCACCCACACUGGUUUUAUGGGAAAGCCAUAAAGAGUUUGUACAUAUGUCAGAUGUGUAGGGCUCAGUUGCACUUUGUUUAGUAAAUGGAUGAAAAAUGCAUAGCAUUUCUGUCUUUAUUUUGAAAAGUAUUUCAGCUGGUGUUUGCAGCACCUGAAAUACAAAGCUGAAAUCUUCACCUCUGCAGAAGCUGCAUUUGUGGGGUAGAUGGCAGCUGUUGUUAACAAAAUACCCUAAAGUCUCUUUUGAAGUGAGGAAUAUAUGGAUGUUAAGUUCUAUUUUGUUUUGAAGUCAGGAGAAAUUAGCUUCAAAUCGGAGAUCUUCGUUCCAGAAGAGAAAAAUCAGAAACAGCCAAAUCCAAGCUGAAGCAGCACCUUUGUUACUGGGGUGGUUGCACUUCAGCAUUUUCACAGUUUAGUGACAUGAAGUCCCUUCCAGUGGAAAGAGGUUUUAUCUCAGUCAAAGUGGAGAUUCCAAACAUGCCGAGGGGAGCAAGUGCAGCAGUUGAAAGGGCUCCUGAAUAUGUUUGGGCAGUCAGGCACUGUCUGGGGAGCCAGGAGAGCCUUGUGGAAUUCAGUAUUAUUUUGGAUUCUUCCCUGUUUGCCUGAUCUCAGGAAGGGAAGUCACUGUAGAAAAACUUCCUCUAAUGGCUGAUCUAAGCAAGAGCACUUGAUAAAAGAAAGCAAAUGGAAAUUGUUGCAAGUCCCUUGCCUUUCCUAACUAGAAAUAACAAAGCCCAGCAGAUAACUGAGCAUCUGCAAGUUGUGGUGGAUUUCAUUACCAGUGUCCAGGCAUUUCUUUGCAGCAUCUUGACUCCCUGCAACAUCAUCCCAAGUUGCUUUUUAGUUUCAGGGUGACUUGGGGUUUCCUCUGAAUGUAUUUGCAUCUCUCCAGUUUGCAAUAUGCUAUUAAAAUACAGUAUUUGUCAGACCAUUGCAUCCUAAUACCUGUAGUAGGUCAGAUUUCUUGUACACAGUGUUUACAGAAGGCCAGUUUUAUGCAAGUUGUUACUCAAAGGGAAGUUUGUGCUGUUUCCUGUCCCAGACUGAUGGUUCAGUUUGAAAUCUGCACAUUUCAUGCAGAAACUUUGUUUGACUGGUAGAUUGGUGACAACGAAAUGUGUAAUUGCAUUUGUAACAUGAAUAAAAACCUCCUGUGUUGUUUGAAUUAUCAUUAGCUACACCUUGCAACUGAGAUUUCCAUUGCAGAACCAAGCAAAGCGUUGUCUCCAAUUUAUUUCUGUUUUUUGGGGAUGAGUGUUAACUGGAAGCAGAGAAAAUAAUGGCAGAAAAGGCAGAGUAAACCAAAACUGAAAUGGCACACUCAGUUCUUUCUUCGGGUUUUACUGACAAAUGAGUUUCUGGAGUAAUUAACAGAACAAUGGAAAGUUCUGUCAGAACUUUGUUGUGCAAAAUACUCAAGAAAUCUCAGCAGGUUCUGAUUUUCUUCUUCAUGCAACUCUGUUUUCUCCCUGUACUUGCCCAAAGGGGAGAACAGGCACUUCCCAUGGAACCACAGAAUGGGUUGGGUGGAAGGGACCCCAAAGCUCCUCUCAUUCCACCCCUCCUUCCACCAGCCCAGGUUGCUCAGACCUCCAUCCAAACUGGCCUUGAACACUUAAGCACAUGAUAUUAAUUUGUAAAGUUUACAUUUUAAUUACAUAAAUCCUAUACAUUUUAAUUUGUC